AUGGGUUUGAUCCCCGAGCUCUGCAAGAACGAUACGCCCCCGGAGUACUACGUGAAGAGCUAUGGCUAUGAUUUUCAUGAGUUCAACAUCACGACAAGCGAUGGAGUGAUACUGACGAUAUUCCGCGUCAGGAAUCCUCGGACGUACUCACCGAAGUCCAUCCCCGUAAUUCUGCAACACGGAGUGGUCAGCUCUGGUUUCGACUUCAUCGCCAACCCCCCGCACCAGGCCCCCGGUUUCUUCCUGGCGAAUAUGGGGUAUGACGUCUAUUUACCGAACACGCGGGGCAAUAAGUUCAGUUCUUGGAGCGAUGCAACGAAAGAGAACUUCUACUAUAUCAGCUUCAUGGAAAUGGCCGAGUUCGACAUGCCCGCCAUCAUCGACUCGAUCUUGUCGUUGACGGGCUUCAAGAAUCUCCACUACAUCGGCCACUCUAGAGGAACGACCAUCUUAUUUGCCCUUCUAGCGACGAAACCAGAAUACAACGAAAAGGUGUAG